ACUGUUCUUCCGCCAAGACUGAAGCGCCUGGCAUUUGACUGUUCCUCCAAGCCCCUGGCAUUUGACUGUUCCUCCAAGUGCCCGGUAUUUGACUGUUGUUUACGCCAAGCGCCCGGUAUGUGACUGUUCCUUACGCCAAGCGUCCGGCAUUCGACUGUUCUUUACGCCAAGUGCCCAGUAUUUGACUGGGUUUUUUUUUACGCUAUGCACCCGGCAUUUAUCUGUUCUUUACGUCAAGUGCGUGGUGUUUGAAGUGAGAGCCAGGGGUUUUUCGGAUAUGACCUUGAAAACAGCAGAUACCAUGUCACGGUAAAUGUUAGGACGAUCAAGAACCCUGACUAGAGACUGUGGCCUGACUGGUACUGUCUUGACCGACAUGCAUAGGUCAAAAUGAGUGGCCUGUACAGCUGGUGUUAUCUCCAUAGGAUGACCAAUUCUCGCGUGGGAUGCAAACAAACAAGCAAUGAUAAAUUCAUUAUACGAAAUCAAAUUUGUGGAAAGAUAAUCAGUUCAGGAAGUGCAGUGAUCCCAUCUAUUGUUAACAUUUUGUUUAGUAAACUAAAAGACUAAAGGAUAAUACCAAUAACUUCUCGUCAACAUCACGUGACCUACAAUCAAAUGGAAAAAUUACAAUGGUUUUCCUUCAAGAUGCGUGCUCUUUACCUCCGAUGUGUUUUAGCAUUGCUUACAAACCACUGCACCUGUACCAACAAUGAAGACAUCCACAUUGCCAUUGUGCAUAAAAUCCAGAGGUCCGCAGGAAGAGCUUUAAACCAAAAAGAUAGCGUCGUGCCAACAAAGAAUACUCUUAUCUAUUCAUUGUCAUCUUGAAUUUUAAUUAACAAUAUUUAGAUCAAAUGAUAGCCAAUAAUGUUCCAAUAUGCAAAUUGGCAGUGUCUCAUUGGUGAAAAAUGCAUUGUGAUCUUUUGUAAGUACCAUACUUGUUGCCAAGUCCUUCUAUUGUUCAUCCUACCCGGAGGAUAUCACCUGAUCAGCUGCUCAAAAUCUAGCAGUAUUGGACAAUAUUAGAGAGGAAGAACAUGUUAAGAAUCUAGUUACUGAAUCACCACACUGAAAAGUAGAAAAAAUCGUCAAAUAUGGAUGAACGAAUUUUGUGGAAAAAUUGGCAGUACUUGAAGAAUGAAAUAUAUGUGGAAGACUUUAUCGAUGCCAUGAUGGAGGCAGGCAUUUUUAAUGCGCAAAAUAAGAGGGACAUUAUGAUGGUACAGCCCAGCACGCGUCAGAUGAAGGCCGAGAAGUUCCUGAAUGUGCUGAUACAGACGGGAGAGCGGGGAUAUGAGAUGUUUACCACGGUUCUAAACGACAUGAGUACUGACAACAGAUACACUUCUCUGAUGGAGAAACUCAACCUUCCUACCAGCAACGUUAUGGUUGUCCAUCCAUUGGUAGACGAUGCCUCCGCUGCUGCUUGUGACUACAGACCAGAUACUCGUGGCUCCCAAAGACCCUCCACAGCAUCAAGCGGAAGCACGGAUAUCAGUAGAGAUGGCGAAACCGGAGAGAGAAAACGAUCAGCGAGACAAGCUUGGAGGUCCCAGACUUCGGGAAGUACACCACCGAGUGCCUCUUCUCGGAGACCUCCCAGUAACAGUGGAGCUCGAGGAAUGGUUCGCCAACCGAGCACAGGAGAGGUGAAUUCAGUAGCUAGAUUCCCAAACCAACCGCAAUCUCCAGACGUGGCGGAUGAACAACCACCAUCAGCAGCAUCUUCCGAUGACAGACGAUUAAACGAAAAAAAUCUCUCAGUCGACAUGAAUAUUCUAGAGCAAGAACUUGUCCGCAUAGCACCAACCAUAGCUGAACUCUUCCAGAAGAUAUCAAAAACAACGUCUUCUAAUAUCCCGGUCAGCGAGGAAGAAAUUCGCAAGGUCAAAGAUGAAAAUGAAAGAUUGCGCAAAACAAAUCGAGCUUUGAUUGAAAAGUUGAACAACUUCCAACAGAAGAUCAUUCAAUUACAACUGGAGAAUAAGAAUCUGAGGGAAAAUGGCGAGGGAGCGAAAGAAGCAAAAGAAGAACUUGGACGCAAGGCGAGAGAAUUACAAGAAAUGGAACGGAGAUUGGAGGAACAGAAAAACGCAUUGGAAGAAAAAGAGAUGGAGCUUAACAUUCAGCUCAUGAAAAUAAAGGAAAUCGAAAAAGACAUCAUUCGUCAAAAGCGACAAAUUACAAAACUGGAGAUUCUUCAUGAAGAGGGUCAGCAAGAAAACGAGCGGCAACAAGAAGAAAUUGCCACAUUGAAGGACGAUAGGCUUAAACAACAAGAACAGAUUCGUCAACUGGAGUUAAAGCAGAGACAGGGCGAUGAACGUCUCAGACGGCUGGAGGAGAGAUUGAAGCAGAUAGAGGAAGCUCCUGUCAAUAAAAAUAAAGGCAUCAAAACUCGAGACCCCAAAUUCAGAACGACCAAACGACUCCUUGGUCAGCUAUACAACAGCGAAAUAACGUGAGAAUUCAGAAACUGUGCCAUAUUUGCAAAUUAAACAUCGUAUAUCAAAUAUUGGCAUCAUCCUAUGACUGGUCAUUUCAUACAAUGAAUGGUAAUCUGGUCGAUAUCUUAAAUUUUGAAAUUUCUAUAUAUACAAAUGAAUGGAAAAUUGUUCAUGUCAUAAGUCAUAUUGACCUUUUUGAUGUUUUUACGAGUUUUUUCUUCGACGAAUUUUACGUUUAUAAAAUGAAAUUACCAAAAUUUGUAGAUUGUUCAUGUUUGUUGAUUUCAUUUACUCAUUACUUAUCUUGCUUUCAUCAAUAUUGAAGAAAUUAUAUGAAGACAGGAAAUGUAAUUGAUAUUAAAGCUUAUUUUUAGUA